UAAUUGACUUAAUCACCUGUAGGCUAACAAAGCCUGACGUAAUGUCCUGCCUUAUCACUCCAAUUACUUGUCUUGCACGACACGUUUCUUCACUACACGACGAAACCACACAAAUACCGCGCAAAAUAUUACUUUUGUCACAAUUAUAUUGUUCAAUUGUGAAUCAUUUAACUAAUUAAAACAUAGCAUAACCUGUAGCCUAACAAUGCUACUUAUGAUUUGUGUAAUUUUUGCAUUCUUUGCGCCAUAUUACCGAUGCCUUUCAACUCUCGUGCAGCAAAAAACCGCUCAAACUAGAGCACAAGAUGCCCUGCCUCGAGUCACCUGCACCGCCCGACGAAUACGCGCAGUUUUCGGUCAAGCGGUUCUUCAUAACCUGCACGUAAAAGACAGGUCUGGAGUCAGUGUGCCUGUGCCAAAAGCCAAAGAACAUUGUGGAGUGAGAAGGGGAGAGAAGAAUGGUACCCUUUCUUUCCAGAGUCGAUAUGACAGUUGCUACACACAGGUUGAGGGUGACACAGUGGUUGUGUCUUUGAGAGUCCAGCUGGACGCAGGGGAUCAAUGGUACAGGGUCAAUAUUAGCUGCCCCCUACUCAAGAAGAUGGCCCAGAAACCCAUCAUCGGUCGCACCUCACGAUCAGGAAAAUGCAGCAUCCAUAGAGCUUUGCGUGUGGACUGUGGGCCCCAGGAUGUCUCCAAUGAUGGCUGUCUCAAACUGGGAUGCUGCUAUGAUGAUCAUGACUCAACUUGCUAUUACAGAAUGAACACCUGUUCUCUGGAUGGCCAUUUUGUGUUCUCUGUGAAGGCAACAGACACUGACCCCCCAAUCAACACCAAUAACCUUGCCGUCAAGGGUCAGCCACAGUGCUCUCCUGUAGCUACCUCUGCAGAUACAGCUGUCUUUAAAAUCGGGGUGAGGGAGUGUGGCACAAAGAUGAUGGUGAAUGGGGAUGUUGUAAGCUAUGAGGUAGAGGUUGAGGAACUGCAUCCAAAGAUUAGAGGCAAACAUUCUCCCUUCAGUCUGCAGGUCCAGUGUCAAUACGAGGGGUCAGCUCUCCUCCACACUGAUCUGUGGUCCUUAAACCCAACUAACCCUCCACCUGUGACUGCACUGGGGACUGUCCGAGUGCAGAUGAGAAUAGCCACAGAUGAGUCCUUUACCUCUUUCCUCCCUGAGGACCAGCUGCCCCUGACCCUCUAUCUGCAUAAGCCUGUGUAUGUGGAGGUGUCAAUCGCUCCACCCUCCCCUGACCCCAGUCUCUCCCUGCGUGUGCGUGACUGCUUCGCCUACCCUGCCUCCAGACACUCCGUAUGGACACUACUCUAUGAUGGCUGUCCUAACCCUCUGGACAACAUAAGGAGUUCUGUCCCAGUGGACAGUCAGGGGAAGACAACCUCUCACUCCCAGGUCAGGAGGUUUGAUGUCAAGACCUUUUCCUUCGUUGACCCUGAGACAGGCAAUCCCAGUGUGGAAGAGGUGUACUUUUACUGCUGGGUGGAAAUCUGCACAAAGGAGGAAGAGUGUAAACAACAUUGCUCCAUCACCUCACCUGAUGGUGAGAGGGCGAGGAGGGAGUCUGGGUCAGAUCGAGUCGCCCAGUUUGUCUCAUUUGGUCCUGUUUUGUUGGGUCAGAACAGUAAGGGAAUCACAGUGAUCUGAAUAUAGCCCUCAACAUAUCAGGUGUCACGGUCAUCUGUACCUCCAUCCUGUUCUCUUCAUGGUCGAUGAGUUGUCAAGUGGAAGAAAAUGACGUGGAACUGGAAACCAGAAACGAUGAGACUGGCCUACAGGUUGAACAAGCCCAAUAAAGCUUCUUCUAUGAACA